AUGCGCCAGCAGAAGGGCAAGGUAACCAUGGACAACCUCCAGAAUGAACUUAGAGCUAAGCUUUUUGUCGGCUCCAACGAGAACGACGCUUUAGCCCGCCUCUCGGAACAACAGACGCUGAAAGCAAUCACGCUUUCGAUCACCACCCGUGGAAUAGGAAUCGGGAUUUGUCAUCUUUCCUAUAUAGCAAUAUCAUAUCAUACCAACAUCCAGAUUCCAAGCAUUUACGCGUUCUACCGCGUAUCUCUCGGGCUCCUUGAGGCAAAAUUGGAGAAUAUAAAGAAGGAUAUGUCCGUCGUCCCUCGCUACACUGAGCACUGUUACCAGUAUAGAGUAACCAGCGACAUGCUUCGCGUCGCUCAAUCAGUCGCUAUUGUUCCCGAGCCAAUAAAAAGAAUUAUCGAUGCUGUUGGCCACCUCACCUAUGAGGAUAAAAUGUACACACCGGCCGUUGCAGCCGAAGUAUACGACCGACGAAGGCAAUAUGUGCCAAGACCAGAGGCCAUAUUAUUAAGUAAUCUACGGAAUACAGUCGUCGCUCUAGCGGAUCCAGCUACACCGCGUGCAUACCGUGAGUCGUUCCAUCAACACUCACCGAUACCAGGAUGUAUUUGGCAGGAUGACUUGCUAAUGAAUCCUAAUGAAAUAAUGCCAGCGAAUUACGACUUCGUUGAUGAUUUCCGUCGCGAUUCUCAUUUAAUCGCACCUUAUGUCGCGUCACUACAGAGCAUAGUACAAUUGGCUUAUCCCAGCGAAGUCACUGGUAAUCUCGUAGGCUGCGGCAGCUUCAUCCCGCAUAUGGUAAAGUGGGUACCGCAGACUUACCAACGCGGCCGAGUCGACCAGAUGCGCCAGCAGAAGGGCAAGGUAACCAUGGACAACCUCCAGAAUGAACUUAGAGCUAAGCUUUUUGUCGGCUCCAACGAGAACGACGCUUUAGCCCGCCUCUCGGAACAACAGACGCUGAAAGCAAUCACGCUUUCGAUCACCACCCGUGGAAUAGGAAUCGGGAUUUGUCAUCUUUCCUAUAUAGCAAUAUCAUAUCAUACCAACAUCCAGAUUCCAAGCAUUUACGCGUUCUACCGCGUAUCUCUCGGGCUCCUUGAGGCAAAAUUGGAGAAUAUAAAGAAGGAUAUGUCCGUCGUCCCUCGCUACACUGAGCACUGUUACCAGUAUAGAGUAACCAGCGACAUGCUUCGCGUCGCUCAAUCAGUCGCUAUUGUUCCCGAGCCAAUAAAAAGAAUUAUCGAUGCUGUUGGCCACCUCACCUAUGAGGAUAAAAUGUACACACCGGCCGUUGCAGCCGAACCACGAAAGGGCAACAAACGACCUGGGCAUCAAACCAAAUCGAGGCAGACUUACCAACGCGGCCGAGUCGACCAGAUGCGCCAGCAGAAGGGCAAGGUAACCAUGGACAACCUCCAGAAUGAACUUAGAGCUAAGCUUUUUGUCGGCUCCAACGAGAACGACGCUUUAGCCCGCCUCUCGGAACAACAGACGCUGAAAGCAAUCACGCUUUCGAUCACCACCCGUGGAAUAGGAAUCGGGAUUUGUCAUCUUUCCUAUAUAGCAAUAUCAUAUCAUACCAACAUCCAGAUUCCAAGCAUUUACGCGUUCUACCGCGUAUCUCUCGGGCUCCUUGAGGCAAAAUUGGAGAAUAUAAAGAAGGAUAUGUCCGUCGUCCCUCGCUACACUGAGCACUGUUACCAGUAUAGAGUAACCAGCGACAUGCUUCGCGUCGCUCAAUCAGUCGCUAUUGUUCCCGAGCCAAUAAAAAGAAUUAUCGAUGCUGUUGGCCACCUCACCUAUGAGGAUAAAAUGUACACACCGGCCGUUGCAGCCGAAGUAUACGACCGACGAAGGCAAUAUGUGCCAAGACCAGAGGCCAUAUUAUUAAGUAAUCUACGGAAUACAGUCGUCGCUCUAGCGGAUCCAGCUACACCGCGUGCAUACCGUGAGUCGUUCCAUCAACACUCACCGAUACCAGGAUGUAUUUGGCAGGAUGACUUGCUAAUGAAUCCUAAUGAAAUAAUGCCAGCGAAUUACGACUUCGUUGAUGAUUUCCGUCGCGAUUCUCAUUUAAUCGCACCUUAUGUCGCGUCACUACAGAGCAUAGUACAAUUGGCUUAUCCCAGCGAAGUCACUGGUAAUCUCGUAGGCUGCGGCAGCUUCAUCCCGCAUAUGGUAAAGUGGGUACCGCAGACUUACCAACGCGGCCGAGUCGACCAGAUGCGCCAGCAGAAGGGCAAGGUAACCAUGGACAACCUCCAGAAUGAACUUAGAGCUAAGCUUUUUGUCGGCUCCAACGAGAACGACGCUUUAGCCCGCCUCUCGGAACAACAGACGCUGAAAGCAAUCACGCUUUCGAUCACCACCCGUGGAAUAGGAAUCGGGAUUUGUCAUCUUUCCUAUAUAGCAAUAUCAUAUCAUACCAACAUCCAGAUUCCAAGCAUUUACGCGUUCUACCGCGUAUCUCUCGGGCUCCUUGAGGCAAAAUUGGAGAAUAUAAAGAAGGAUAUGUCCGUCGUCCCUCGCUACACUGAGCACUGUUACCAGUAUAGAGUAACCAGCGACAUGCUUCGCGUCGCUCAAUCAGUCGCUAUUGUUCCCGAGCCAAUAAAAAGAAUUAUCGAUGCUGUUGGCCACCUCACCUAUGAGGAUAAAAUGUACACACCGGCCGUUGCAGCCGAAGUAUACGACCGACGAAGGCAAUAUGUGCCAAGACCAGAGGCCAUAUUAUUAAGUAAUCUACGGAAUACAGUCGUCGCUCUAGCGGAUCCAGCUACACCGCGUGCAUACCGUGAGUCGUUCCAUCAACACUCACCGAUACCAGGAUGUAUUUGGCAGGAUGACUUGCUAAUGAAUCCUAAUGAAAUAAUGCCAGCGAAUUACGACUUCGUUGAUGAUUUCCGUCGCGAUUCUCAUUUAAUCGCACCUUAUGUCGCGUCACUACAGAGCAUAGUACAAUUGGCUUAUCCCAGCGAAGUCACUGGUAAUCUCGUAGGCUGCGGCAGCUUCAUCCCGCAUAUGGUAAAGUGGGUACCGCAGACUUACCAACGCGGCCGAGUCGACCAGAUGCGCCAGCAGAAGGGCAAGGUAACCAUGGACAACCUCCAGAAUGAACUUAGAGCUAAGCUUUUUGUCGGCUCCAACGAGAACGACGCUUUAGCCCGCCUCUCGGAACAACAGACGCUGAAAGCAAUCACGCUUUCGAUCACCACCCGUGGAAUAGGAAUCGGGAUUUGUCAUCUUUCCUAUAUAGCAAUAUCAUAUCAUACCAACAUCCAGAUUCCAAGCAUUUACGCGUUCUACCGCGUAUCUCUCGGGCUCCUUGAGGCAAAAUUGGAGAAUAUAAAGAAGGAUAUGUCCGUCGUCCCUCGCUACACUGAGCACUGUUACCAGUAUAGAGUAACCAGCGACAUGCUUCGCGUCGCUCAAUCAGUCGCUAUUGUUCCCGAGCCAAUAAAAAGAAUUAUCGAUGCUGUUGGCCACCUCACCUAUGAGGAUAAAAUGUACACACCGGCCGUUGCAGCCGAAGUAUACGACCGACGAAGGCAAUAUGUGCCAAGACCAGAGGCCAUAUUAUUAAGUAAUCUACGGAAUACAGUCGUCGCUCUAGCGGAUCCAGCUACACCGCGUGCAUACCGUGAGUCGUUCCAUCAACACUCACCGAUACCAGGAUGUAUUUGGCAGGAUGACUUGCUAAUGAAUCCUAAUGAAAUAAUGCCAGCGAAUUACGACUUCGUUGAUGAUUUCCGUCGCGAUUCUCAUUUAAUCGCACCUUAUGUCGCGUCACUACAGAGCAUAGUACAAUUGGCUUAUCCCAGCGAAGUCACUGGUAAUCUCGUAGGCUGCGGCAGCUUCAUCCCGCAUAUGGUAAAGUGGGUACCGCAGACUUACCAACGCGGCCGAGUCGACCAGAUGCGCCAGCAGAAGGGCAAGGUAACCAUGGACAACCUCCAGAAUGAACUUAGAGCUAAGCUUUUUGUCGGCUCCAACGAGAACGACGCUUUAGCCCGCCUCUCGGAACAACAGACGCUGAAAGCAAUCACGCUUUCGAUCACCACCCGUGGAAUAGGAAUCGGGAUUUGUCAUCUUUCCUAUAUAGCAAUAUCAUAUCAUACCAACAUCCAGAUUCCAAGCAUUUACGCGUUCUACCGCGUAUCUCUCGGGCUCCUUGAGGCAAAAUUGGAGAAUAUAAAGAAGGAUAUGUCCGUCGUCCCUCGCUACACUGAGCACUGUUACCAGUAUAGAGUAACCAGCGACAUGCUUCGCGUCGCUCAAUCAGUCGCUAUUGUUCCCGAGCCAAUAAAAAGAAUUAUCGAUGCUGUUGGCCACCUCACCUAUGAGGAUAAAAUGUACACACCGGCCGUUGCAGCCGAAGUAUACGACCGACGAAGGCAAUAUGUGCCAAGACCAGAGGCCAUAUUAUUAAGUAAUCUACGGAAUACAGUCGUCGCUCUAGCGGAUCCAGCUACACCGCGUGCAUACCACGACCAAGAGGUUAUAGUUGACCUCGAUGCACCAUGUUCCGAGGGUCAACCUGAAGGACAAUUAGAACAAGUGCUGGGGUCACAUUUGGAAGCAAUCCAAAGUACAUCCCAUGAUGGGCAUUCGUCGACUGAGGCUCCGAAGCGUAUUCUACCUUCAGAUCAAAUGUCUGCUCCUGAAACAGAAAACAUACAAUUAGAAAGUAAAAUAUUAGAAAUAUUAGACACUGACCCCACUACAGAGAAUAGGUAUGGCAAAGAGAUAUAUAACAAUGUUUCAACGAGAUUCCAAUACUGGGUCACAACAGAUCUGAUGUUCAGCUCCACGCGUAUUCAGCCGUUUGCAUGAUAAUAAAAUUAUUGAAUAUUAUCAGCUACUCAUAUUUAAUUUUUUAUCAUAUUUCUAUCAAAUUGUGCUAAAAUGCUUUUAAUAAAUAUAUAAUCAUAUAAAGCAGUGUAUUCUUAUUGUGUGGUUCAUCUUCUCCUUACCCCUUUGCUCAUUGGCAACGACUCCAUUGAUAGUCCUUGCCAUCUUCUUGAUAAGAAAUAAAAUAUUUCACAUACCAUGGUCAGUAAUUGCUGAGAAUAUAUAUAACAAGCUCAGAAAAUAUAAACCAGGCAUUAAUGAAAUCGAGUGUACAUAUAUGUACAUAUAUUCAAAAAACAAAAAAACUACAGAUAUUUUUAUGUAUAUUUUAUAUGAUUACUAAUUUGUCAUAAUAAGUUUUUGUGUUUUUUACCGGAAUAACGGAAAUUAAAAAUUUAAACGUGAACGUUAUAUAUGAUAAAAUCCAUGUGUACAUGUGACAUAGCAUACUUGUAACAAAAUUAUGUAGCAUAAGAUUUAGCUAGUUUACCAUAUUUUUCAGUUAUUUGAUUCUGCAUAAAAAAUGGCUGGGCCGAUUUUGCUGGAAACCUAGUUCUAAGUUACGUAAUUACGAACAAGUUUAGAUAAUUACGAAACUUUCGAAUUAAAAACGAAGCUAUGACAAGAAUUUCCCUAUAGAACGUUAAAAGCAGAUGGCCGUGUAACUUGGUCAGCUUAUAUCAUACACUUUCAUCUAAUACCUCCAGAAGUUUGUCAUAGAUCCAAAGUUUUUCAACUACUAAAUGGAAUUCAUUCAAACCUUGAUGAGAUGUUUGAUGCAAUUACGUUCUAAAUGAGUACCUUGACUUUAUUACAAGGAUAUUAAUUUUUUUAGUGCCUGAUGAGAGCCGGGUGUUUCGGUAGAUAAUUUGUCAGAAAUUUCAUUUUAUUGCCAAUUAUUUAGGAUUUAAAGCUCAUUAUUUAUGAAACUGUGACAGCAAGGGAACAGGCGAUAGUUAAAUUUUAAGGCUCGACCUUUUAUGAGGUUAUUAUGAAUUCAAAUGGACUCCACCGUAAUAAAAGGUUUUUCACAUGAAUUUCCAUAAGGAAUAUAUAUGAGCCAUUACUAAUGUCACAUUAAAUAUUUUAUACACAACAGGCUAUAGAAGUUCUUCCUUAUCAGGCCUAUUAUGCGGAGCUUAAGCCGAUUAUAGACCGGUGAUAAAAAAAGUUAUUUGAAUAAAGUUAUAUCAGCUAAAAGUAAAACAUCAGUUUUUAAAUAUAAAUCUGAAUAAUCACAGCAGCACUAAACCCCGAAUGAUCGUCUGAUUCGUCUGAUCGAUUUUUUCAGCGGUCACUGACCAUUGCAUAAUAAAACUGCAUAAUUAAUGAUUCCUAGAUUCGAAAAAAUUGACAUGAUUUUCUAAUCAUAAAAUUAAAUAUUAUUUAUAGUUUAAAAUGACUAAUAAUGAUAGAAACAAAUACUUACUAAAUCCUCACAACAAAUCAAAGCUUUUUUCAUUUUAAUAAGUAUGCCAUUUUGUUUUAAUUCUUGUUAUAUCAAUACGAAUAUAAAUUAACAAAACUAGCUUAAGUUUCAAGGAUAUUAAAGUUUAUUUACUGUUGUCGAGCACUUUUUUGUUAUGAGACUUCUACUUUUAUUUUUCUUUCUAUUAUUUCGAAAUUAAUAAAAAUCAAUCGUAAAUGACUUGUUUUAUUAUGAUUAGCUUGAUUAGAACAAAGACUUUUUAAAUGAUCUGAACGUAGUUUGAUACUAUCUGCUCAGGAUGAGUGUGUAAACAUAUGUACUCAUAUCUGCCUACUGCACAAAUUACAAAAACGACAAAAUUCAUGUAUCUGUAUCUUUGAUAAAUGGCAAAUUUAAUAUUGGAGUUACCGUCACAAUAGUCGGUCCUCGGAUGAAUGAACUGCUAAAUUUAUUUUCAGACCAGUAUAGCAUGUAUCGAAAAAUACUUUUAGUUUCGUACUUAAAUAUAUUUUAUUUGAAACAAGCUUUUUUUAUGUAUCAUCAACUUCUAGAUGCUUACCUACCAGGUAAAAGUAGGCAACCGGGCAACUAUUUAUGUAAUUGGGUCAGGAUAUAGAUAAGAUAACUCUCAAAGUACCUAUUACUAUGAUUUUCCUUUUUGCAGUUCUAAUCAUGACAAUGGGCUUCGAAUUAAUUGGGAAUUUCAAUUACUCCUAAUUAAUCUAAUAAAAUAUUGGAAUUACCAAUUAUUACAUUUAAACAUAGUUAUCAACUCAAUGCUCCAUGGUGAUAAUAAUAGAACAAUUAUUAACACACGCAAAUUCCCAAACUAGAUAACCUUUUAGUUUGCCUUUUUAUAAACACGGUUGAUUUGUAUUCAUAAGGUAACCACAUACCUAUUAUUGAUAUGGGGUCUAAUCAUAUUUAGUCAUGGAUCCAGACUCCGAACAACGGCACCAGUUAACGAAAUGACAUAAACCUAAAUAAACUCUUAGAGGUCUGUUGGUAUUGGCCAAAUAUCACCUGAGAUAAUUAACUGAAGUUUAUAGCUUUUGUUCAUUCAAAUAAGAAGCAUAUGUUACAAGUUACGUCAUUUUCUGAGGUCAAUACAACGGGACAUUGUUCUCAAGACGACAUUUCAGUGAACUAAUAAAAUAUUACGACACUUUCUAUAUAUAGUUAUUGUAUAUAUUAUCCUGUUAUUGUACUUCCAUGUCAAUGAUUAGGUCGUUAGAUACAAAAGUUAUGUAAAAGAAGCCACGUACAAAAACCUGUUCUAAAGAUUGGGGAAAGAUUGAAAAUCAAGCUUCCGAAUGUUAGCUAUACUCUAAGUGUGUUCCGCGGAACCCUAGGGUUCCGUGAUACCUCUGUCGGGGUUCCGCAAGAAUUUAGAAAUAAAAAAAUCAAAACACCUCUCUCUGGUCGCUCCGCGGCUGUGCGGACUCCGCGGCCGCGCGGAGACAAAACGCUAUGAAUGUUAUUUAUUUAUUUAUUUGUAUUUGUAUAAGCUUGUGUUACAUUAGCUGGUACAAUAUCUCAUAAGUUUGGUCUCAACAAUUUUAUACUUGUACAACGCGUUCGCUCUAAGUUUGCCGGUCUGUGGAAUGCGCGUACCCUCCCCCACGUGACAACAAAACUUAU